UCAAGUCCCCAAUUUUUUCGUUUAUUCACAAGUACGAGUAAGAUGGAGAGGACCCCAGCGAAAUGACGUGGGAGACGCUGGUGGAAAUCGGAGAAGGAUCACGUGGGGCGGGCGAUAAGAAUGAUAAGCCUGCAGAAAGAAAGGGCACUCUUUUUGUGUCAGCAAUCAAGGGCUGUUGCCUAUCUUUUUUUUGGAUUUGUACUUAGUAGUAAAUGUAAGCCUAAUGAAAUGAACUAUGGACACAUUCGAAAUCAGCCGUGGAAAAACACAUCUCAGGUCGGAAUCCCAUCCAGUCAGCACCAAAUCACCACCCAGCAUGUCAGGCCAGCAAACAACUUUCCGAGGAAACAUCUAGCACACACCAGAUACAAUUCAUUCACCCACACGCGUUCUUCGAACUUUCCCUACCGGUAAUCAUCCCCGAUCCCAAAUCCGCGAAUUCGUUCUUCAUCAAACUUGCUUGUUGUCUGAUAGAUAGACACCAUCUU